AUGGAGAAGAAAGCUGCCAUUAUUAAGCACGUCAUGAGCGGCCGAGCACAGGCUGACGUGAGCAAGGAGUUCAGCAUUUCUAAGCAAACAGUUUUGGAUUUCCUCAAGAACAAGGGCAAGAUCUUGGAAGCGGGCGAAAAACCAUCUGGUGCCCAAAAAAAGAAUGCAAGCCAAGGUGUUCAUCCAAAGCUUGAGGAAGCUCUCGUCGUGUGGCUUAAUUCGAUGAUAUCAAAGCGGUUGCCGGUCUCGGGCUGCAUCUUAAAUGAAAAAGCGAAAACUCUUGCGGCUCAAAUGGACAUUGAGGAUUUUAAAUUUAGUGAUGGAUGGUUGAGGAACUUUAAACAUCAGAAUGACCUCAAGUUCAAGAAGAUGUGCAGUGAGAGCGGUGCCGUCGACAGUGCAGUUAUUGAGCAGUACCGCAAUGGAAAACUUCAGUCUUUGUUGCAGCAGUUCUCUGCUGACGUUUUCAACUGCGACGAAACUGGUUUGUUUUUUAAGAUGUUGCCGGAAAGAAAGCUCGCUUUUGCUGGUGACCCAUGCCAUGGUGGCAAGCACAGUAAAGAACGGCUGACCGUUCUCGUCGGCAGCAACAUGUCUGGCAGCGAGAAGCUUCCCUUGUUAGUAAUCGGAAAGUCAAAGAACCCGAGGUGCUUUAAGGGGGGACGCGACCUUUGA